AUGUGGGUCUGUGUGUUUGUGUGUGUGUGUGUCUAUCAGAGUGUCUCGAGGUCCGCUUCCCCAGGCCUGCCCCAGGUCUCUCUGCUUGUCUCCACCGCAUACAUACGGGCCUCGGCCUUCACCAACCCACUCCCCUCCCGCAGCGGCUCUCCGUUCCCACCGACCGUGAAGCUCCCUGGCCUGCACAUAUGGAGGGUGGAGAAGCUGAAGCCAGUGCCGGUGGCCCCUGAGAACUACGGCAUUUUCUUCUCAGGAGACUCCUAUCUGGUGCUGCACAAUGGCCCUGAAGAGCUGUCCCACCUGCACCUGUGGAUCGGCCAGCAGUCUUCCCGGGACGAGCAGGGGGCCUGCGCCAUGCUGGCCGUGCACCUCAACACCCUGCUUGGAGAGCGGCCCGUGCAGCACCGAGAGUCACAGGGCAAUGAGUCCGACCUCUUCAUGAGCUACUUCCCCCGUGGCCUCAAGUACCAGGAAGGCGGCGUGGAGUCGGCGUUUCACAAGACCUCCCCAGGGACCACCCCGGCCGCCAUCAAGAAACUCUACCAGGUGAAGGGCAAGAAGAACAUUCGUGCCACCGAGCGGGUGCUGAGCUGGGACAGUUUCAACACAGGGGACUGCUUCAUCCUGGACCUGGGCCAGAACAUCUUUGCCUGGUGUGGUGCGAAGUCCAACAUCCUGGAGCGGAACAAGGCACAGGACCUGGCUCUGGCCAUCCGGGACAGCGAGCGGCAGGGCAAGGCCCACGUGGAGAUCGUCACCGAUGGGGAGGAGCCUGCUGACAUGAUCCAGGUCUUGGGUCCCAAGCCCUCUCUGAAGGAGGGUAACCCUGAGGAAGACCUCACAGCUGACCGGACAAACGCACAGGCUGCGGCUCUGUAUAAGGUCUCUGACGCCACUGGACAGAUGAACCUGACCAAGCUGGCUGAUUCCAGCCCCUUCGCCCUCGAGCUGCUGAUACCCGACGACUGCUUUGUGCUGGACAAUGGACUCUGCGGCAAGAUCUACAUCUGGAAGGGGCGCAAAGCUAAUGAGAAGGAGCGGCAGGCGGCCCUCCAAGUGGCUGAGGACUUUAUCGCCCGCAUGCAGUACGCCCCAAACACUCAGGUGGAGAUUCUGCCCCAGGGCCGCGAGAGUGCCAUCUUCAAGCAAUUCUUCAAGGACUGGAAAUGA